AUGGCUACCACGGCCGGCCUGCGCGCAUUGCACGCUGGUGUGUUGCUCCAGGACCUUUGCUUCAGACGUAAAGAAUACUCUCCUCAAGCCAUAUUUCAUAAUGAAAAUGAGAAGCAGAGAUUAAAUGGCUCAGCCUCCACGUACUCGGAGAUCCAGAGGGAGCGGGCAGACAUCGGAAGCCCGAUGGCCCGGCCAGAAUACAGACAGUGGAACCCAGACCUCAUCAAGCCCAAGAAGUUGCUGAACCCCAUGAAGGCCUCCCGGAGCCACCAGGAGCUGCACCGAGAGCUGCUCAUGAACCACAGAAGGGAUCUGGGCGUGGACAGCAAGCCGGAGCUGCAGCGUGUGCUGGAGCACCGAAGGCGGAACCAGCUCCUCAAGAAGAAGGAGGAGCUGGAGGCCAAGCGGCUGCAGUGCCCCUUUGAGCAGGAGCUGCUGAGGUGGCAGCAGAGGCUGAACCAACUGGAAGAACCACCAGAAAAGGAAGCGGACCAUGCCCCCGAAUUUAUUAAAGUCAGGGAAAACCUGCGGAGAAUCACCACUUUGACCAGCGAAUAG